GAUGAGAUCUCUAAAGACCCCAAACACAGAGUAAUGUAGCAUUUAAAUAAAAAAGUUGGCUCAAAUAUCAGCCUGAGUGCAACCUAAUGUUAAAUACAUUUCUGAGCUAUUAAAAUUCCCUUAGGAGUCUCUGAUUCUCCUCAUCAAACAUGAGGGUUAGAAAAGGUUCAGAAUUAAAUACAAUUAAUUUCUAUAUCUACAAAAAGCAGCAGGACGCAAGAAAUCACGGUUUAAUAUUUAUAAAGCAUCCUCUCUCACUGACAGUCCAGUCUCUCUCUGAUUUGAGGAUUGUGUUAUUGGGGAACAGAGCAGCGGGGAAAACCUCUUUGGCAAACCUUAUAACAGGUCAUGCAGAGCCUCUUCUGAGAAGAACAGCGCAGUGUGCGAAGAUGCAGGGAGAUUUCGCCGGAAGGCAAAUCACUGUAGUUGACACACCAGGUUGGUGGAAGAACUACUUGAUAAAAGAAACCCCUGAAUUCCAAAAAAAGGACAUUAUGCUUAGCGUGACUCAUUGUCCCCCCGGGCCGCAUGCUGUUCUGCUGGUCAUACGUGUGGAUGCUUUCUACAAAGAAAAGCACAGACGAUCGGCGGAGGAACACCUGGAGCUUCUGAGUCAAAGGGUCUGGAAUCACACUAUAGUCGUGUUCACGUACACAAACCAGCUACAGGAACAAACACUUGAAAGGCAGAUCGGAAGUGAAGGCGAGUCUCUUCUGCUUUGGCUCGUGGAGAGAUGCGGCCACAGAUAUCAUGUUCUUAACAUUGAGAGAGCCACUGGCACACAGGUUAUAGGACUGCUGGAGAAAAUAGACUCAAUGGUUGCGGAGAACAAGGGUUGUUAUUUUGAAAUAGACAGAAAAUGGUUGCGUAAGUUAGAAGGGAUAACGACAAGGAGAUGCAUGAGGGCAACCCAAAGGAGGAAGAUGAAACAAAAACAAUGGGAGUCUCUACUUUCAUGUCACGGUCACAAACAAUUCCACAUUUCCAAGAUGAGGAUAAUUAUGUUAGGUUUUCGAAGAGGUGGAAAGAGUACAGCAGGUAACACCAUUCUGAGUAUGGAGACUUUUACAUCAAAGACAAGCAUGCAGUGUGUGAAAAGACAUGGGGAGGUUGCAGGUAGACAUGUGACCAUAGUGGAGACACCAGGCUGGUGGAAAUCUCUUCCGGCAUGUGAGACUCCUGAACUAGUAAAAGAGGAGAUAUUACUCAGUAUGUCCCUCUGUCCACACGCCGUUUUAUUGACUUUACGCGUAGAUGUGUCAUUCACAGCCGAAGACAAGAGAUCAGUGGAGGAACAUCUCGAUCUUCUCGGUGAGGGAGUCUGGGCUCAUACCGUGGUGCUCUUCACACAUGGAGAUUGUCUGGGCGAUGUUACCAUCGAAGAGUUCAUUGAGAGUGAAGGGGAUGCUCUACGGUGGCUUAUUGAGAAAUGCCAGAACAGGUAUCAUGUUCUCAAUAAUACGGAUUGGAAUGAUGGCACUCAGGUCACAAGCUUGCUGUUGAAGAUAGAGAGGAUGGUGAUGGAAAAUAGGGGCUGUCGUUAUGAAAUUGACCCCAAGACUUUAAAAGAGGUGAAACAGAAACAGAAAGUGGCGGAAAAGAGGGCAAAGGCAAGAGCAAAGCAACAGAACAACAUGAGAAAGAUGAGUGCAAUAAAAGGCACUGGAGAUCAUUUUUCUGAGGUUUUUCUUGUACUGCUUGGUUACGGAGAGGCUGGGAAAAGUUCAACAGGAAAUACCGCCCUUGGCAAACAGGUGUUCGGGUCAAGAAGAACAUCCCUGCGUGUCCAGAAACGUGGAGAGGUGGCGGGGCGGCGAAUCACCGUCAUAGACACCCCUGGCUGGUGGAAACAUCUGCCCAUAGAGGACACACCUGAAUCUCAUAAAGAAGAACUUGUGCGAUGUCUGACUCGAUUCACUUCAGGACCGGUCGCUUUCGUUCUGGUUGUACGUGUAGACUGUUCAUUUCAAGAGCAGGAGCGGAAGACAACGGAGGAUCAUCUAAAGCUUCUGGGUACUGCCGUCUGGGAUCGCUGUAUGGUUCUGUUCACCUUUGGGGACGUCCUCGGAGACAGAGCUAUUGAGCAGCACAUUGAAUGUGAAGGAAAAGCCCUGCAGUGGCUUGUUGACAGAUGUGGUAACAGAUAUCAUGUGUUUAAUAAUAAGGCUAAGGGUGAGAGCCAUCAGGUCAGAGAGCUGCUGGAAAAGAUCGAGGAGAUGAUUGCAGUGAACCAGGGGUGUGAUGAGAUGGACAUGGAGGUGUUGCAAGAGGUGACCGAGAGGAGGAAAGUGGUGGAAGGGAGAUCACACACAAGACUGAAGAUAAAGAGACAAAUUGAGGAAGUUGCAUCAGAUGAUGUAUUUGAUACUAGUGAAGAUGAUGACAUCAUCAUCUGGGGUUCAAAGGGUAUGUAGUGUGUGUGUGUGAAUUCAGUUGUAGGAAUUCUAGUUAUAUUAUAGUUAUAUUUAAAUUAAUCAUUGGUAACAUUCAUUAUUCAUUUUUAAGCAUGUAAUAUGCCAGGGGUCUUCUAUGGGGGUUCGCCACGGUACAGCAGGGGGUCCGCCAGUUAUUACUUGAUCUCGAAUGUGUUCAACUAAAAUACCAUUUUGCAUUAGCUCCAACCAAAGGUAAAGGCGAAAGGCGAUGUUUCAUUGCAUCUCAUACAGUGAACAUACAAUUUAUAAAAGGAAUUAGCAGCGCAAAAGGUCAUGGGUUCGAUUCCCAGAGAACAUACAUAAUAAUAAAAUGUACUUUGCAAAUGCUGUGAAAUAAAAAAGAGUGAAGAUCCCUAUAACAAACAAUAAAUAUGAAGUACGUACGCAGGGCAGUGGACUCCCUAUGUGAAAAUGUAUUCAUCUGGAAAGCUGUUUCCAUAUUCUUACUUUCAUAACACACAGAGCCCUUAGCAUCAAGAAUAUUAAAGUUUGAUACAUUUGCACAACACAUUGCUGUGGGCACGUACUGAAGGAACAUGCAAAUGAGAUGCCACAACACUAUUUUUUUUUCAGGAAAACAUAAACAAAUAAAUGAUAAAUAACAACCGAGGGGAAGUAAUGCAGUAUUGUAAUGCAGGUUGUUAUUGCUGCUAACAGUGAUGCUGCUGUUGUUUUUGGAUGAAAUGAAAUAAUGAUUGUCAUUAGAUGAGACGGCACCAUCCCUGCAUGAAUUUAAAGAUUGGAUUUAGGUGUUCAGUAAGUUAUGCACAUUGUACAGCUAUGGGGCUGAGAUUAAUAUUCCUGUUCGUCUUAUACUGUUAGUUAAAUGUUCGCUCUUCACUUCUGUUUAUUCAUACGGAUACAGUCAAUGUGAAAUGUUUCAAGUCCCCUUUAUCAUCUGAAUGAACUCCACAGUAUAGCUGCAGGUUCUCAGUCAGAUUUAAUUCAACUAGUCAUAUAUUGAAAGUCUGUUUAAAUCACGACUGUGAGAUUCAGUAUUGUUUUUGAGCUUUUCUGGUUUGCGUAGAGGCCUUGGAAAACAGCGUUUGCUCAGACUAAAGCAGCCAAGCUUUUAUGUAAACCGAAUACAGGUGUUGUAUUAAAGCAUUUGUUUAUUUAUAGAACUCGAUAUAACGUCAGUUUAUUGGUUAACCUGGAAAACUUAUUCAUAUUACUGUAGCUAACAUUACUUGGAGACAUCCUACUGUAAAAAGGUUUUAUUUGGUAACAUUGUUAGCUUUCAUGAACUUGCAAUGAGCAAAAUAGUUUUUCAGUAUUUAUUAAACUUUGUAAAUCUUAUUUAAGAGCAAAAUGUUAGUUUAUUCUGCAUUAAUUAAUGUUAACCAUCUCUUACGAAAAUUAGCCAACUGUAAUGUGCGUUUACACCAAUCGCGGUAGAGGCGUCAAGUGCAAGUGAUUUCAAUGUUAAUGCUGCGUUUACACCAACCGCAGUAGAGGCGUGAAGCGCUAGUGAUUUCAAUGUUAAGUCAAUGUGAAGGCGCAGAAGAGGCGUUCGGCGCGGAUGGCGCGUUUCCGCCUCAUUUGCGCGUGAUGCUCGUGCGAAAGGCACGAAUUGAGCGUUGUGCGCGAUACGUGCGAAUGGUGCUUUUUGUGCAUUUUGCGGUUCACGAGAAUUUGCGUCUGACGCCCAAGUUGAAAAAUUUGAACUUUGGCGGAAUUUUGCGCCGCAUUAACCAAUCAGGAGCCUGCUUGCUGCUUGAUAUUGUUCAUAAACAGUCACCCGGAGCUAUAUGACACAAGUUCUUAUUUCGAUAGAGACAGGAAUAAAAAGGACCUCACUUGGAAGAGUCUCAGUGAGGCAACCUGGUAAGUUGUAAUACACAUUUCACUUUUGAGUCAUGUGACAUCGACCCGCGCCUAUUAUUUUCCCCUAUAGUAAGGUUACGUAAUACAAACUGGGUAACUCUCUUGAUAAAUGCACAAUCAACAUAAGUCAUCUUGCAAACAGACAACCGCAUAGCACUUGCCCCUCCCACAAGAAACGGAGUUUGCCUCUGAUGCGCGUCAAAUGCUUGCUUUUUCUACAUGUCUACUCCACUCUACACGCGCGAAUGCAUCCAAAUUGUUCAAGCGGCAAACCACGCGCGGUAGACGCGAUUUUGACGCCUGAAACGCGCUUGGUGUAAACUCAGCAUUAGUCAAUGUGAGGUCGCGUGUCAACAUUGAAAUCACUCGUUGAAUGACGCGAAUUGAGCGUCUGGCACGUUACGCGCUAAUGGUGCUUUUUGUGCAUUUUGCGUUUGUCGCGAAUUUGCGGCUGACGCCCGAGUUGAAAAAAUUUAACUUUGGCGGAUUUUUGCGCCGCGUUAACCAAUCAGGAGCCUGCUUGCUGCUGUGGCGGCAACCCCGCCCGGAGUCACUCAUUCAACAUGAGGAAUGUUUGAUAUUGUCUGUGAGCAGUCACCCGGAGCUAUACGACACAAGUUCUUAUUUCUAUAGAGACAGGAAUAAAAAGGACCUCACUUGGAAGAGUGUCAGUGAGGACAUUGGGCAACCUGGUAAGUUGUAAAUACACAUCUCACUUUUGAAUCAUGUGACAUUUAUCGACCCGCGCCAUUUCCACCAUUUUUUAAAACUAUUUUCCCCCUAUAGUAAAGUUACCAAAUACAAACCGGUAACUCUCUCGAUGAAUGCACGAUCAACAUUAGCCAUCUUGCAAACAGACAACCACAUAGCACUUGCCCCUACCACAAGAAGCGGAUUUCAGCUCUGACGAGCGUAAAAUGCCGCUCUAGACGCGUGAAUGCAUUCAAAAUGUUCAAGCGCAAAAUUAGACGUGGUAGACGCGAUUUUGUCGCCUCUACCACGGCUGGUGUA